AUAAUGGAUCUGUUGCAGCUGGCACAAAUUCUUGUGAGUUCAUUGAUUUCUAUGAUAGGCCUGAUGUUUGUUAGACGCCUUUGUUGAGCUAUGGCACACUUAUCGGCAUUUUCAUCUCCAACAAGACGCACCAUUAAUCUGGGAGGAAGUGCCGCAGGACAUAUGAAACAGUGCAAUAUAUUCCUCAUUGCCAUGAUCAAAAAGACUUUAUGAAUCGGAAAAAAAAUGGAUCAAACUAUAAAACAAUUUACGGUUGCGGAACUGGACGGUUAAUGUUGAGUUUUGCAAGUAAAAGUUUAAGUGUGGGGAAACUUUUGAACUUUUUGGAAUUCACCUAUCUAUUUUUACCUGUCAAACGCUGUCAAUACAGUUCAAUUCCGAUUCUAAAAAAAUGAAAACGCUUCAGCGCAUUUUUCACCUGUAGGCAAUUAAUUUUUUGAUGUCAUUGUCUAUAAGAUUUACCUAUAUUUAUGAGAGUACAAAAGGGCGUUUAUUUCAAAAACUGUUCAUUAUUGGGCUUUGGCGCAAUGAUAACUUUUAUUCAGGACAUCAAGCUUGACACAUUAUCAAAAAAUCAGACGAUUUGACAUAAACACAUUUUCCGUAAGGUUUGUGCGGGGUCCUUUCCAAAAAACUGUAAAUGGCGGGUUUUUUGAGGUAUUAGAUUAAUAUUUCCAAGUAGAAACUAGUUUGUUUUGUUCAAAUAUAGACUCGAGUGCAAUAAUAAUUUCUCAACUGCAAAUUAAUUAGGAUUCCUAAUGCGUUGUCUUGGCUCAUUAAUUAGGUAUUUGUUGUCCAAUGAAUGACGUAUCAGACAAAUCAAGGUAACGAGGAUAACCUGUAAAUAAUGCAAAUUAUUUCAAAUUUUAAUGCUUUGUUAUUGGUAAGAAUAUUUUUGAAAUUUACUCAAUUCUGAGAAUUAAAAGAACCAAUGAUGCUUUAUAUAAUUCUAGGAAGAUGAUGACAGUGGGAAAAAUAAUUAGUUUUUUGAUUUUUCCAAAGAUUUGAUGAUGUUUUAGUUAAAAAUUAUGCGGUUUAUUCAUCUUUAGAUAAACUUACUGGUAGCUAUCUGUAAGAUAAGUUUACACCAUUAGUUGGGUGGAUAACUGGUCAACCAAUUGCGUUUUUGUUCGUCAAAUGGCAUUACCUGACAGUUAGCUUAUCAGAAGGUUUAAUUGGCGCCCAAACAAAUCGUGCUGCAAAGAAAACUGAGCCAAUGAAGUAACAAGCUGCAGUGAUUUUUUGAGUUGAACAGCGGGAGAAAAUAAAACACAAACGCUUCGUUGCUCGUUUAAACAUCGACUGUUGGUUGAAUGUUAUAGUUGUAUUCCUUUCAAACCUAGGAGGAGCUCCGGAACAGAAAACACUGUUGCCAUUUUUAUUCAAAAAAUACAAGAUAGUAACUGCUAACCACAUCUGUACCUUAGUUUACAAAUAAAUGACAUAUAAUAAAUCAAUUUUGUGAAACUCGUUAAAAUAUACAACUUUGUCCGAAAAGUUUUCUUCUUUGAGUUAUAUUUAUCGAAAUUCCGAAUAAAUUAAAAAAAAUUAAAAUGAAAGCAUCUAUGGUGACGUCAUAAUUUGGACUGAGAUCCUAGCUCGAAACAUGUGAAAAUAAAAUUACUGCUAGCGAUAUCUAUUUACAGAAUCUGAGACUAUUAUAAUCAUAAAGAUUUCUGUAAUUUCUAAAUGUGAUUUUUACGAGCGCCAUCUAUCAAACAACACGUAAAGCAGUUCAAAGCAUGUACAGAAAUGUGUAAUAAUUACAAACAAUUUUUAUUGCAGAAAGCUGUAAUUUUAUGUGGCGGCAUCUAUUAAGUAGCACGCAAAACAUAUAUAGAAAACUGCAAUUUCAUUAAAAAAAUAUGACGUCACUAUAGAUGCUUCCGUUUCGAAAAACAGGCAAUUUUCAGAGGAGAAAAAGGAAAGUGAGAAGCUCUUUAUGUUAUAGGAAAAUUCCAAAAUUUUUCAGUGGAACAUCAUUCCAGGAAAAAUCGUUGAAAAUUAGUUAAAUUUAAGGAAAUUCACUGUCUUAUAUUUAAUUUUUUUUUCUGGAAAACUGGCAAAGAGAAAAUUGUAAAAUUUUCAGAAGAGAAAGAAGAAAGUGCGAAGCUUAUUAUUGGAAACUUUCAAAAUUUUCUGGUGAAAAAUCACUACAGUAAAAACUGUUGAAAAUUAGUUAAAUUUAGGGAAAUUCACCCCUUUACAGUUUAUUUUUUUUAUGGAAAACUGGCAAAGAGAAAAUUCUGAAAUUUUCAGUGGACCAAGAGUAAAGUCAGAAACUCAUUAUAAGAAAAUUUCAAAAUUUUCCAGUGAAAAAUCACUCCAAGAAAAAUUGUUGAAAAUUAGCUAAAUUUAGCGAAAUUCACCCUCUUACAUUUUAUUUUUUUUCUGGACAACUGGCCAAGAGAAAAUUAUGAAAUUUUCAGAGGAAAAGAAGGAAAGUAAGAAGCUCAUUAUAGGAAAAUUUCAAAAAUUUCCAGUGAAAAAUUGUUGAAAAUCACCUACACCUAGAGAAAUUUACCCCCACACUUUUUUUUUUUUCUGGAAAACUGGCAAAGAAAAAAAUUGUGAAAUUUUCAGAAGAGAAAAAGGAAAGUUGGAAGUUUAUUAAAGGAAAAUUUCAAAAUUUUUUAGUGAAAAAUCACUCUAGCAAAAAUUGUUGAAAAUUAGUUAAAUUUAGAGAAAUUCACCCUCUUACAUUUUAUUUUUUUUUCUGGGAAACUGACAAAGGAAAAAUUGUGAAAAUUUCAGAGGAGGAAAAGGAAAGUGAGGAGCUUAUUAUAGGAAAAUUUUAAAAUUUUCCAGUGAAAAAUUACUCCAAGAAAAAUUGUUGAAAAUUAGUUAAAUUUAGAGAAAUUCACCCUCUUACAUUUUAUUUUUUUUCUGGAAAACUGACAAAGGAAAAAUUGUGAAAUUUUCAGAGGAGAAGAAGGAAAGUCAGGAGCUCAUUGAAGGAACAUUUUAAAAUUUUCCAGUGAAAAAUCACUCCAAGAAAAAUUUUGAAAAUUAGCUAAGUAAAAGAAUUUCCUUAGGAAAUCUGCUAUUUGGAAAAAUGUCAGUCCUAGAUAAAUAGCUUAAUGGACUUUUCCGUAAAACUUGUCAAAACAUACAACUUUUAUCCUAAUAGUUUCCCCCUACGAGUUAUAGUUAGCGAAAUUUCGAAUAAAUUGCAUUUUUUUUUUUUAAAUGGAAGCAUCUAUGGUGACGUCAUCAUUUAGAAUGAGAUCCUAGCUUUAGACACGUGAAAAUAAAUUUACUGUUAGCGCCAUCUAUUAUAGCAAAAGUUAAAAUUUGUAACUAUUAAAUAUCUCUGUAAUUAGUAAAGAAGAUUUUACGUGCGCCAUCUAUCAAGCAACACAUAGAGCAGCUUAAAACAUAUCCAAUAAAAUACAGAAAUCUUUAAAUAUUACAAACAAUUUCUAUUGCAGAAAUCUGUAAUUUUAUUUUGACGUCAUCUAUUUGAAUAGCAGGUGAAGUAUAUACAGAAAACUGCAAUUUCAUCAUAAUGAUAACGUCACCAUAGAUGCUUCCGUGUCGAAAAACAGGCAAUUCUCAGAAGAGAAACAGGAAAGUCAGAAGUUCAUUACAGGAAAAUGUCAAAGUUUUUCAGUGAAAAAUUGUUAAAAAUUAGUUAAAUUAUAUAGAAAAUUCACCCUAUUAUAAUUUUAUUUUUUCUCUGAAAAACUGGCGAAUGGAAAAAUGUGAAAUUUUCAGAGGAAAGAGAGAGGAAAGUCAGGAGCUCAUUAUAGGAAAAUUUCAAAAUUUUCCAGUGACAAAUUGUUGAAAAUUAGUUAAAUUAAAAGAAAUUCGCCUAUUUACAUUCUAUUUUUUUCUGGAAAACUGGCAAAGGGAGAAUUGUGAAAUUUUCAGAGGAGAAAGAGGAAAGUGAGGAAAUCAUAGGAAAAUUUCGAUAUUUGCCAGCCAAUUUUAAAUGAAAUUUAACGUACAAAAAAUGAUCUACGACUUACCCAAAAAAUUCCCGCAGUUUCCCGCCUUAUUGGAUUAUUUUUCCUUGCACCACGAUUUGCUUGGGUGCCAAUUGAACCUGGAAAACAAGAAAAACUCAAUUACAUCACGCAACUAAAGACAAUCAUUAUUCAAUAGAGUUUUUCUCUCCAACUUAUAAGUUGAAAUUUCCUUAGGAAAACAGUCGUAUAGACAAAUAGUUUAAUGGUGUUUUUUUUUGAAAAUAUACCAUGUCUAUUUAGAAAGUUUUCUUCUACGAGUUGUAGUUAUCGAGAUUUCAAAUAAAGUGUUUUUUUUUUUAAAUGAAAGCAUCUAUGAUGACGUUAUCAUUUUUGAUUGAGACUACUGGCGUCAUCUAGCAAAGGAAAGCUAAAGCCAUUUUAAAAAAAAUAUAUUCUUACAGAAUUCUGUAAUAUAAAAUUUUAUUACGUGGCACCAUCUACUAACAAAAGCUAAAACUAUCUUCUAAAAAAAAAUUUAACAGAUUUCUAGAAUUGCCGCUACUAGCGGCAUCUAGUAAACAAAAGCUAAAUGUUUAUUAUUACAGAAAUAUGUAAUAUAAUUAUUUUUUUCUCACUUAGCGCCAUCUAUCAAGCAAAAUGUGAAGUAACUUAAGAAAAUUUAUAAUUUAUACAGGAAUCUGCAAAAUAGGGGUUUUAUAAACAAAUGGCAACAGUGCAUCUACCCAAAGGCAAUAAAUUUAGGUUCCAUUAUUGCUUACAAAGGUUCAUUUUCUAGCUGUUUAUUUAUUGAUUAUUAUAAAUAAGUGGUUAUUAAUAAUUUAUUUUAUUGAAAAGACAUGGAAUAGAGAGUUUUGUACUCGUUUAAUUUAACCCGGAAACAUGAGCCAAACUCCACCGCCCAGUCCACCUAGAGAAAAUGAAACUAGUAUUGAGGAAAUGGCUUCCGCUCAACAUCCUCAAGAAAUACCGCAAACAACCAACGAAACCAACAACAUCCGGGCCUCAAACAGCCAGGGCGACCUUUCCUCUGUAAUAACCAUAAACCCAAUCUUAUUACCAGGAUCUGUUGAUAGCAUGGAUGUGGUCAGGCUUAUGGCCACCAGCUCUUCUAUGGAAGACAUACCACCACCAAAGCCUGAUUAUAACGCUCCACCCCCUUACGAAGUGGCAACCCAAACAACCAAAUUGCCCACCUAUGAAGAGGUGCAACGCGAAAAACACUUGGAAGAUUUAGGGGUUCCCAUUGUAAACGACCCUUCUCAAUUCAGAACUCCUCCCAAUCAAAGAAUCUUGAUGCCCAUUGAUAAUGAGGCCAAUGAGGACGUUGACACUACUCUUUUGGGUACCGACUUCAUGUUUUACAUUGCAUUUUUUGUUGCCUUCAUAUUUAACUGGAUUGGAUUUCUACUGCUGAUGUGCUUUUGCCACACAAUCGCUUCAAGAUAUGGUGCAUUGUCCGGCUUUGGUUUGUCCUUGGCCAAAUGGACUUUUAUCGUCCAACAUUCCACUGAGUUGGCUUCAAAGGACAACAGCUGGUUAUGGUGGCUGAUUAUGACUUUUGGACUUAUCAUUUGUAUCAGAGCAAUUUUGCAAUAUCUGAACAUCAAACGGGGUUGGCACAUGCUGUCGGCCAGUCACCAGGAGAGGUUGUUGUUUUUCUACUAGAGAAAUUUUUGAAAAAUAUAGAAUUGAAAUAUUAUUAAUUGUGAUUCUCAAUGUAUCUCCUUGUACUAUAUUAUAAAAAUAGAUGUGUAAUAAUAUUAUUAGUUUUUAGUGUUAAUUCUAAAUUGAUGUUUAAACUUGCACUGUUUCAUAUUCAAUAUGGUUUACAGUAUUAAUUAAAAAUUACCGUUUUAUUUUUUAGUUUUUAAUAUUGUAUUUUUUUAUAUUAUAACUAUUUGUUAAUUUUAAUUGUAUUUGCAAUAAAGGAUAUUUAAAUUUGUCUUG